GUUUCGUAUUUUUCGCAAUUAGCGCCAAAUACGAAAGUCGUAAGUGAUGAUGUAAAUAAGGUCGAGAUUCGUCCACCCUCGGCGGUUAACCGACCGAUUCGAGACGAAGGGCCCGAUCGUAAUCGUACAGUGCAUCACGGUACCGUCCAAAUCGGUCGCAUAGAACGUAGAAAAUUCUGACAGCUCGGAGCCGUCACAAGAAAAUAAUGUCGUUUUUAUUACAUUUUUUGAUAAAUUAUUAUUGUAGUUUCGAAUCGGCGACGCACCGACUGCCUUAUCGAUUUUCCUAUUUAGCGCGCCAACUUAUUUUGUGUAUUUUCGAAAGGUCCGCGUCGCGUCUAUGCGCUUUCGAAAAACAUUUUACUUGUAAUUUUCUCAGCGGCGAACGGACGUGGAGCGCGGUGCCGUAAAUUGGUAAUAAUUCCGUUGAUUACACAGUAAUACAGUGAACGAAUAUGGGUUAGUGGUGAGGAACACGGAGCGUGCCAGUCCCAGUUGUGACCGUUGACUUGUGAUCUGUGAUACGGCACGGGCCAUACCAAAUGUAAAGUGUGUUGUGUUGAUCGCGAGUGGUGCAUUCUUUGCGUGAAAGUGUACAGCGUUGUGUUGUUUUUGUGCUGUAACGGAUGCUGAAGCGGCCGCCGGCCGAACGCACGGGACUCUCGGCACGGCGACUUCCUCUAGGCCCAUCGGCCGAACGUGUAAACGCGUCAAACCCACCACAAACGGAUCACAUUCCAAAUAACUUAUUUAUAUAUUUGCAAUAUAAAGUACCUAACGUCUGAAUUUAUAUGUAAAUACAAAACAAAUCAUAUGAAUAAUUAAAUAAUUUUUGUAUAUAAAUUAGGACAACUAUCGACCAAAAUUUUCUACCAAACUAUUAUAAAGAAAUGUUCAUAUUAUAAAAAGAAUAUAAAUAAUAUAUGUAUACAUAACACGUGUAAGUGAACUAAAGAGGAUUCCUUAGACCUGCCUUCAAAUAUACCAAAGUUAUUUAUUGUACGUGGAGUUGUGCAAGAAACAUAGAUGCCCCGCAGUGGGAGCGUGCAGUCGACGCAGUGAGACCGAGAGAUGACGAUGACGCCGCAGCAGUACUGCCUCCGGUGGAAGCAUCACCACACCAACGUUCAGAACAUGUUCGCGCAACUUCUAGAAAAAGAGCGGUUCUGCGACGUGACGCUGUACUGCUCGCCGAGCUUCGCGACGCAGGUGUCCAACAAGGAGCCCGUCGACCCGCAGAACAUACGAGGCGUCUCGCUCAGAGCGCACAGAGUGGUGCUGGCGGCAUGCUCGGAGCUGCUGGGCGCGUUGCUGGGCGCGCACGAGGCGCACGGAGAGCCCGUGCUGGUGAUCGACGGCGCCGAGCCGCGCCACCUCAAGGCGCUGCUCGACUACAUGUACACCGGGGAGAUGAACGUGCACCACUCGCAACUAGCGAGCUUGCUGAAGACGGCCGAGGAGCUGCGCAUAAAGGGCCUCACGGACAUACGGUGGAACAACAAGGACGAGCCGCCUGAUUCCGACGCAGGUGUGGUUGCUACAGCAACAGCGACCGCCACUGCGACUGCGACGGCGGCUGCUACCGCCACUGCGACCACCACAGCGACAAGUGAGAAACUACCGGAGAAACAGGAGAAGCAUCCAGACAAGAGCGCUGAGAAGGCGGUGGCGAAGCAACCCUUGCCGAAGCAGCCGUCGCCGCGGCUCGGCGCCGACCCCUCAGAGUUGCGCACUUAUAUUAAGAAAGAGAAUGAACCAGAGAAGCACGAGAAGUUCAAUGUUAACGGAGGACCACCGCCACUUAUAAAACUGCCUACAAAAGACAAACUCAGCCCACUAAAGAGAGAAAAUUCAGAUUCCGACAGCCCGAGCCCGAAGCGGCAGCGCGUGCCGAGCGGCACCGACCACACCGACGACGAGGCGCUCAGCACGCCCAAAACGGAAAGAGAUCUGGAAUGGCAACACGGGAACAUGGACAUAACGGCGGAGCGCGUGGUGGGGUGGGGCAUGGGCGAGGCGGAGGCGGAGGAGUCCUCGCGCGACGCCUCCGACGACGACUGGGCCGACGCGCCCGCCGACAUCGGCUCCUUCCUGCACACGAAGCUGCGAGUGGACGGCGACAACAGCGCCGACGAGGAGUCCAACGACAGCGGCGCGGGCCCGGCGUGCCGCUCCACCGCCGCGUCCUCGUCCUCGUCGGCGGCCGCCUCCUGCGACAAGCCCGACGCCGCGCAUGCGCCCGCCGCACUACACUGCAAACGUGAGUUAUCUACAGUGGGUCCGAAGUCGGGCCCGACGGACCCUCGGUUCACGGACGUGGUGAAGCUCAGCGACUACCUACAGCACGGCAGGCGUCCGCAGUUCUGGGAGGAACAAUAUGUCAAACGAGUGAUGGAGGCAGUACGGUUAAAGGAGUUGGAGAUGAAGCAGGCGGCGGAGAUCCUCGGCGUGAGCUACGGCACGCUGUACGGCAGGUACCGCGACGUGUACGGCUGCAUCAACAGGCCCUACAGGGCGGUGCGUGAUUUCUGGCAGGCGAAGGGUCCUUCGGAAGUGAUGGAGCGGCUGCAGCGCGGCGACCUCUCGCUCGACGCGGCCGCGCGCGCGCUCGGCGUCACCAUCGCCAACCUCGCCGCGCACGUCGCAGACUUCGGACACGCGCCAGAGUUCGAGCCAAUCCCGAUUGAGGUGGACCCGUCGCUGAAAGUGCGCUCGCGCACGUACAGCUCGGACGCACUCGCGCUCACUAAGCCCGCUCGUAAACCUCCGCCGCUACCGAUGGACAAGCCAGUGAAGAAGGUGUUGGUGGGCAGUAUCCUGGACGAGGACCCGAUCCCGGCGACGUUGAUCACCACGCACGACGGCAAGACGUACAACGCGCCGCCGCACACCACCGCCGCCUCCACCACCUCUGGUAAGUGGCCGACGAUCCGUGUGGCGAGCAUCGAUAGUUUGCGCGGCGGAGACACGACGGCGACGGUUGCGAGCGCUGCGCCGCCGCCCGCGGGGGCUGCGGGGGGCGGCGGCGGCGCGGGGGGCGCCAGUGCAGGCGGCGCGGGGGCCGCGGUGGGCACGGGGGGCGCGGGGGGCACGUCGCCUUCACAGCUGAUGCGCACGCGCCCCGACCUCACCAUCGUGGCGGCGCGCAAGCCCGAGCACAAGCGGGACGAGGACACGUGAUCGCCGCACUAACGCCACUCCUGCAAGCUACAGCGAACCACAGAAGUCGUCCCAUUAAAGUGACACACCCUCGGCUCCAACACAACGUGCUAUCAAGCGUCACUUCCACUAACAGCAACACUCGAUGACCCUGUUUAUUGUUCAUAUAACGCGCACACGCACGCGUAUUUAUGAUUGUCAUAUUUAUGGGCACGUGCGUGAGUCGGUGAAGCCAUGGAUCCACUAGGAUGCGGGAAGGUUCAGUGCUUACAGUCAAGCUAAGGGUAUUGAGCGACGAUAAGGAACUGUUAUAAUGUUUCCCCAUGUUCCACGUCGCCUGGCGACGUCGUCCAACGUACUGAGCGACACAGCGCCCCGGCUGUCGGCUAGUGAACACGUGGCUUGAAAUUGUUCAUGACGCUUAUCGGUGUCACUUAUUAUUGUUCAUUAAUGAUAUUAUAAAUUACAAUAAAUAUCUAUUCGUUUUUAAUGAACGAUUUAUAUAAUUUAUGACUCGUACAGACGUAUAUAUCUGUCAAAACAGACAAAACAGUUGAAUAAAUAUUAUUAAAGCAUAUGUAAACUUUAACUAUUUUUUGUGUUGUAGUUUUUAGAGUCGGUUUUUAUUUGUUGAAAUAUUAAGUUUUUGUUAAAACAAAUCAUCAAUAUCCUAUUUGAUUUUAACACAUAUUACACAUAUUAAAUUAAUUAAAAUAGGCCUAUUCUGACACUAUAAGAAAUCCAACGCAAUAAGAAUUAUCUAAAUCGGACCAUGGAGUAAAAAAUGAGCGCAAUACAAACAUAAAAAAGAAUUACAACGAAUAAAUAAACUCUCUUUUGGAAUCGGUUAUAUAUUACAACUGUUUUGUCUCCUGAAAUUGACGCUUAUACAUGUCAUGUAAUGACAAUUACCCGCGUCGGAGCGAAUACGCUACCGCCCGACCAAAUCUUAUUUAUAAUAUAUUCAAAUUGUUAAUGGAUUGCGGAUGGAGGAGGCGGUUCGGUGGUGACGUCACAGCGCUACGAAUAUAUACACUGACACGACUGACACCGGAUUAACAAAACAUAAUAUUAUAUACUAUGGAACGGUCAUUUGGGCUUUGAUUCUGAAGAACUAGAUCACAAUAGCAUAGACUUAUUUAUGUUUAUUUAGCCUAUUUCCUCAGCAGCUUUAAUUAAAUAUGUUUGUCAUGAUUGGUGCAUUUUCGUUGUGACACACUCGGGUAUACAAUUUGCUUCAUAAAGAAAAUCCCACGAAAGCCGGUAAAUACAUAAAAGUGGCCUUCAUAUACCGGUGCAUUCCAUUCUAUCCUAUAUUUAGUACAAUUUCUGUCAGUUUGUGUUUGUUUCGCAGUCGUUCAUUAUAAUGGCGAUUUGAAGGUCACUAAUAAUUUGAUAAGGGUACGGUCGAUAUUUCUUUUUCUGUUUUCACAUUCGGAAUUAUUACCCAAAUGGCACUUCCCAAGGACAAGCACCUGUAUGAAUCAUAACAGAAGACGAUUAAUUAUGUCGCACAUUUCCAUAGAUUAUAAAAUAAAAUGAGUAUUAUAUUAUAUAUAGAUAAGAGAAAAAUAUAACUCGACCUUUAUUUAAUAUUAUUGUAUGGGUUUGUGUUUGUGUGUUGCGCGACAAAGUAAUGUAUGUACAUGUUGCCACAAGAACCACAAUUUACUAGUUUGUACGCGUAUCACUCAAAUGUUUAAAUUUCAAUGGACCAAUUUUGAUACAUUUUAAAUAAAUUUUACGCGAAUUGAUUAACCAUGUUUUGAUUUAUCCAACGUACACUGAUGCCGUGAUUGGAUUUAAAUCUAAUGCAUAAUACAUGUAGGUAUAGAAUGACUUGUAUUUUGCAUUUAUAAUUAAACCGUUACUUUUAAACAUAGUGUCAUAUCACGGACACAUUUUUGUUGUAAUGUUUCUAAGCGCGUCGAUAUUUCCCUAUAUUUUUAAGAGUGUAUGGAAAAUGAUUUAAAAUUGUAUUGUAUUUUGUGGCAACAUGUUGAAAUGUUCAUGUCGCGUGUAAGCCGCCGCGCACCCUCUAUUGUAACAUAUUAUUGUAAUCGUUUUAAGGUGUAAUUAGAUGUAACUAAAUAUUAAAUAGUUGAAAUAAAUUUGUAUAAAUACAAAAGUAUAUAUUAUAUAGAAGGGGCCGGGAACGGUCCGCGUAGCCUGUACAUUGCUAAGUACGGUAUAUAGCAUAUUAUAUUUAUACACCACACUUGUUCCUCUGACGUUUAUUUUAGGCUUUAGAUUACGGCUCCGUGUGGUGUCGUGUAUCGAUAUGUUGCCAGAAAAAAUAAGGAUACUACAAGCACGUGAACCUCACCAACAUUACCGCUUAUAAUUAGUGAUUACACUUGGUUAGUAUUCUCACGUAUCUUGUGUCAUGGUUGGAACAUAGUUCCAUGUUGCUGUGUGGUAAUCGGUUUUCGUAGCUGCAUAUUACAGUGGCUUGGCUCUACAUGGCGUUCUAUAGUUUCCAAGGUACUUAUAGAUUACGCACCACACGGAAAUUUUGUACGGUGUGUUUCAUCACUUUAAACAAUUUUCUAAAAAUAUUAAUUAUUAUUGUUGUUUUCGGUAUUGAUUUUGGAUUAUCACUUUUUAAUAAAUAAUAAUUAUCAAUAUGUUUCACUGCUAUAAGGACUACGUGAUGAAACAUGCCUUUGAUUGUAUGGUAUUUGUUACUAAGACAAGAUGUCGACUACUCACGCUAACGGUCCAUUGCAAGCAGCACACACAAGAAUUAAAUAUUAUUACAUAUCUGAUUAUUAAUUAUAAAGUUGUAAUAUUUGUUUAUACGGAACAUACACCCAGAUCAAGCAGCCUUAUUAUGAGACUAUGAAGCAAACUCCUAUGUUCGCAAAACUCUCGUGGUCAAAACAUAACGGGAGCGCAUCAAGCUUGAUGUGGUCAUUCAUGAUCUCUGUUCCCGACCAGAUUGCCGUAAUAUUUCGUCAUAAACUAUAUUUUUUCCAACAAAUCUGAUAUAUUUGAUUUCUAAGUAUAGGUUUGUUGUGUGCUAGCAGUGGAACGUCGGCGUGUUUUGAGGUGUGAUUGCGUUAUCGAAGGCUCACAAUCCAGUAGGGCUAUUAAUAAUUUUGUUAUGUCUUUAUUGUUGAAUCGGUUGAUUGGUAUUACGCUUACCUGCGUUGGAUUGUAAGCUUUAUGAAUAAUACAUAUAUUAUGUAUCUACAUAAAAUGCCUUUUAAAAGGUUGUACGAGGCCCUGAGGUGAGAUAGGUUAAUUACUUUCAAUUUUCAAACGACUAAUAAAUGAAGGCAACGUUAAAGCUGCAAUACAUGGACAUUUUACAAUGCAGUACUUACCUGAAUACCUUUUGUCAUUAGGUAUAUACGCAUAAUUCGAUAUUCCAUCUAAAUACGAAAAUAAAUCGAAACUCCCGUUAUCGCUAAAAAAUACAUAUUUCAUAUACACACUUUAUAAUAUCUUUAUUUCAAUGAAGGCUUUCACACUACCCGAUAUCGAGGCCGACACAAAUAUCGCAUCGUGGAGUACGGAAACAUAUAGAUUUAUUUUCCAGCCUUUGCGGUGAUAUAUGGGGAUGCCCACUUCACUAAUUAUUAUAUUUUUAUACAUUUUAAACUUGGUAUUACUUUCACUUAUUGGUUAAAAGACAAGUUUAAGACAGCUUCAUAUAUCAAAAAAUAUUUUAAAUCAUAAUCUAAAUAUUAUAUAUUUUUGCUCAGGGCCUCGCAGUGCUGAUGAUGACCCACCCCGAUGUAUGAAAUGUAUUAUAUUAUUCAUAAAACAUAAUACUGUAUUAUGUUUGGAAGAAAUUAUAUAUCUGUAUAAAAAUCUAUCCAACUUCAAUUGGAUGUUUCAUACCAAAAGUUUUUUCAUUGUAGUUAAUGUUAUUUUUAUAAGUUGCUCGGGUUUGCGACACAUUCCACAUGGCUGAUAUCUGAAAUUCAGACUCUGAAUAGAACUUUUACAGUCUCUAUAAUUGGUCAUUUUUCUAUUCACAAUAUGGAGCAAACUAACCUUGUUCUAAAAUUAUCUAACAUUAUUGGUUCGAGCCUCUCUAAAAUUAGGGCGCCUUGAUGAAUUCAUAUUUCAAAAUAUGGAUAAAAAUUAGGCGUGGAUAAAUUUCGUUCAAUAAUUAUGAAGGUAAUAUAAUUGAACAAGAUUUUUUUGGUGUGGAAAUCGGGACCAAUAAUUUCUUCACAGGGAGGUGGUGUUAACUGUUACUAAGUUUGGUUUGUGUUCGAAAACCGUCAAUGACUUUUGGUACUUUACGUCGAUCAUGAUGACAUAUACAAUAUAAAAAUACUCCUCCAUUAUAAAUUAUAAGGAAGUGUCGCACAUUACGAGUUAUUUUGUUAUCGACUCAUAGAUUAAAUUCUAAUUUAUUAAGAUGAAUUUAACGUUUAGUUUUUUUUUAUUAUUUGUUAGUAAUUUUUUUACACGUAUCAAUUGAAAACUCAUUAUUUUAAGAUUUUAUUGUAUUCGUAAGAUGUUUUGUAGACGUUCUUAUAGUUUUUUUUCGGCGGUAGUAACGCAUUGAGCGACGCAGAUUGUUAAAAUGGUGCAAAAUAUAUAAGAUUUUUUUACGUCUUUCACAGAAGGAAAUAUAGAAGUUCUUUAUUUUUUUAAAGUGUAAUUAUUUUGUUGAAAUAUAGAAUUUAUGUAAAAAAGUUCAUUUGAGGCGUUACUAUCGUUGUGAUGAUGCGGGCCCCGGGGACGUGGCGAUAUAACUUUACAUAGUAUAUCUAUUGAUAGAAUUAAUUAUCUCGUUCAGUUAUGGCUUUAUGAUUAUAAAUUUUUAAUCAAACACAAAAGUAGAUUGUUCUUAUUAUUUUUCAUUUAGGUGCAACAAAGGAAUCCUUCUCUUAUAUUGUGUGCUGCCACCAAAUGAAUUAAAAAUAUGAAAAGACUUUUCUUGAUAGUUAUAUAGCUUCGUUUGGAAAUAUGUGGCAGGUUUCAUUGUUCACAAAUAGCAUACAUAGUGCGAUAAACAAAUAAAAAAUUAAGAUUGUUAUAUUUCUGAUAUUAUUUUUUAUUUUUGAUCAGAAGUUUAUAAUUUUUUUUAGUUUCUAUGAAGGAAAAUUGCUAUAAAAAUGGUCUUAAAUUACACUAUAUACUUAUGAGUUAUGUGCAAUACAUGUGUUGAAUUUAUAUAAAAAUAGAAAUAUAUAUAUUUUUUCUAAUAAUAGCGACAAUAUUAAGGCCAGGGAGCUUAUACCGGCAUAACUUUUUCAUAUAUCACAUUGUUCAAAAACAUUUUGUUUUUGUUUCCUAUAUGUGAAAGUUAACGUAAUAAAAAAAAUUACUCCCUAAGAUAAUGUAGCUGUCCUUCAAGUAAAAUUUUAUAUUAUUCAUUAUAGAACCCAGUAUUUUCAUCUUAUUAUUAUCAUCCACAUUUUUUUAUAUAUUUCAAAUAUUAAUAUUAGGUGUAUUUCCGAAAAAGGAUUACGACGCCGAAAAUGGAGGCUAGAUCGACAUAGACUCAUGUAAUCCCUUCGAAAAUAUAUGGAAUUAGGUACUUGUUAAUUUUGAGGUACAAAUUUGUCAUAAUAAUUAAUCUUUUGCACUGUUUUCUUGAAAAAUAACGACAAGGAACGUUUAUAUGGACGGUCAACUUUAUAUUUUGCAGUAUUCUGCCUCUGAUAAAGUUACCUACGAUAUGUCAUCACACGCACUCAUGUUUCACUUUCAAAAGUCAACUGAACUUAAUUACCCUUUUUAUCCUUUGCUGUAACGACUUAUGUUUGUAUAACUUGUAUGUUUGUAUACUUGACGAAGUGUGAUGCUCUUUUCCCUUUACGGCUAGCGAAGCUGCCCUUCGAUUAGAACGUCCGUAAUAGCAAAAAGAUGGAUAUAUCCUGUAGACGGAAUAGACUCCCUGACCUUACUUACCAUAAAUGAGCCCGCGCAGGCUCCGGUAUCGAUUAUAAUACUUUGAAUGUAAAUAUUGUUCAUUUUUUUUUAAAGACACAUUUAAAAAUGUAUUUAAUAGUAUUUUUCAAUGAGAGUACUGUUUUUAUUUGAUAACAUGAUAUUUACAUAUUUCAUAUUAUGCUCUAAUACUUCAUAAUGUCUAAUAGCAAUUACAUACUUUAUAUUUUGUAAUUUCGGUAUAAUUGGUUAUUCUUUGUUAUAUAUUUUUUGUACUGGCGCGCGGGGCCCCGUCAUCGCCGAUUAAAUAAAUUUACCUGUUAGUAAAUUUAAAUAAAAUAAAAGUUUACAUAAUCAA